CAACCGCUAAAUCAAGCAAAUGAACAAGAAGAAGAAAACGUUGUGUGUUUACAAUUGAGUCACGGCUAAAAGGACUUACAAACAUUACUCACUAAAGUUACUACGCUGAAUCUCUAACUUCACGCGCUGCUCUUUUCAAUCCGUAGCUAAUCUUCCCAGUCCUAAAACAAAUUCUUUAAUAUCCGAUCGCACGUUCGCCACACGUCUCGGGGCGAUUUAAAGUGGACGCUGUACCAAACGUGUAAAUAGCCGGUGCGCGUGUAUGUUUUGUUUAUACGUGUCGCGUCGUGCCGUGCACGCCAACCGGCCUAUUCAGUGCUUUCCACUUAGUGACGUAUAUUCUUCGCAAGGCUGUUGCUGUCAGUGUCAGCAUUGGUAAACCAUUGUUUUUCAAUUUUCCAUUACAAAAGCAAACAAUCAACGGCUUAACGCAAAAUAAUACAAACGUGAGAAUAAAGAGUAACAGCGAACGCUGGACGCGCAUCCAACCUAGGUGUCCUUAAGAUAUACAAAUUACAAUUAAGCGGAGCGAAAAAUUUAAUCCUCUUAAAGUGUUUAUGCUCAACUUAAAGUUUAUUGUAAAAAGUACGGAUAUAAGUGUAUAUACGUGGUCAUUAAAUAAAACGCAUACUCGAAGCGUCGGGCUGUAAUCACAAUCUGCGUGCCCGAACAAGUGCUUUGCAACUUUACCUGUUCGAAAGUGUAGUCAACAAAGCGCGCUGCUAUCACGCGAGCAUAUUAAUGAGUUGUAAAGCGCGCACACCAUUACUAACACAAAAACUGCACAACAAUAACGGUAUACUACAAACCAAUCUCACUAACUAACUUCUGACUAGCGACGCGCAGGAAUCCGCGUAAAGCGCGCGGUUUCAUUAGCAACGCGCGACCGUGUUACUGCGCGCCUCAUUAAAGUGUCAUAAAAAGUUUCUGUUGUCAUACUGUUACUGUGGUUUUAACAACAACAACAACAAAUGUAAUAACAAACGCGCGAAGCAAGAAAAACGACAAGUUGAUGCCGCGCGCUAACAAUAGUAGAUUAUUAAAAGGAUUAGAAGAGUGCUGAAAGUCUGUGCGCACAAUGCUUUGGCCGCGCGGCAUGCAAAAGGACACUAACAAGCAUCAAAUGCCUUUGUUUCAACCAACUACGUUGAAGUUGUACAUCUGUGUGUGUGCGUGUUGAAGGCGUCGCGCUAGAAACACAGGCGACGGACGCUACGCAAAGGCGCGUUGUUAAGACUAGUUGAAAUAUUAUCCUGUGCUGAAAUGCUGAAAGAGCAAAAUCACCGGGAUAAGUGCGCUUAAGCGACAGCAACAUUAUAAUAACAACAACAACAAAAGUGAGUAGAUACAAAGUAAAAAAGAGUCCCUUAACCAUAUUGCGCGUACGUCGCUGCCUUAACUUAAUCAAACCCCAAACGUGCAACGCUCAAGUCUUCAUAUCUUUUCUGUGUGCAUCUCCGCUGUCAGCAGUUACUUUGUUACGUUAAUCCUUAGGUCCCAGUUAUACAGUUAUUGUGUCUGUCUGUGCGCGCUGUGAACAAAAGUUCGAAAAGCUCCCAAACAGGCGCUCACACUCAAGCGCCACGCAGCCACAUAUACAUUUACAAAUCUACGAGAAUUCAAGUGUGAGAAAUCAUGCGCGUUUGAUUUUGUUAGUGCGAAUGUCUGUGUGCAUGUGUAGGUGUUGGUGAUAUAUUGUGCAUAUAUAAUACAAUAUUCGUCGCCGCAGUUGGCCUUUGCGUGCGUAAGCCUAUCUAUGAACCAACUUACCAUCUCCGCCGCUUGGCUAGUGAUACGUGUAAAUUGUGAGCGUGUCGAAUUACCAAAAAGGAUAUAUACACAUAUUAUUUAUACAGUUAUUUGCACAUGUAUGCGGUUUAUGCGGAAUGUUCUUGUCGUUUCACAUCAAUUUCGGUCGAGAGCAGCUCUUCAGCGACGCGCAAACAACGCUUCAGUUAAACUAUAUCCAAGCGGGCGUUCACAAUAGCAGUUAUCCGAAUAGUGCAGACCAACACAGCCGUUAGCGAGACAAACGUGUCAGCCAGCCAGCCAGGCAGUUAGCAAGUCUAGCGCGUAAGCUGCUCAACCACGGUGCUCAGGCGCUCAGGCUGGUGACCGCAACACCAUUUAAGCAGAUUGCAUUUUCAUAAAAGUUGUUGCACAAAUAAAGGUGAAAGGGUAGAGAGUGACAGCGGAAAACGGGCCAAAUUCAAGAAACCUAACAAACGAAGGGCAUGUCAAGUACAUAUGUGACAACACAAAAUAUAACGGGUUUUGUCGGUAUGUAAAUGCUAUACACGCGCCGCCCAUAAAAGACAUAAAAAUAAUAACGAAAAAACUGUCGAAAAUUAAAGUCGCUAAGAAAAGUGUAGGAAAAUCACAGCUAAAACACUAUGGACACAUAUUAAAAAAUAAAAAAAUAAAAUAAGAAGACCGAAAACCGAAAAAGGCGUUAUAAAAAAUUGAAAACGUUCAACUUUGAAAGACACGUCGCAACAGCAACAACAACAACAAAUACGAGCUGUAUGCUUCCGCAUGCUUAUCUGACGACACAGAAAUGGCAGCUGACGACUGUUGCUUGGCCGAUGCAACGACUGGCAACCAAAUAAGUGCAACAACCACAAAAAUACUAGCAAACAAAACGACGCACAACGACCGACGCCGUCCACACCACAGACACUGCGACAGCCAGUGUGUCAACAAGCAACGCGUACUCCAACGCCUACAACGACGACGGCAACUGGCAGCGCACCACUGGAUAAUAGCCAGCAAAACGAGUCGGCAAAAAAACAUUAAAGAAAAACGAAAAUCAAACAAAACAGCUCAAAUAACCAUCCGUUGGUGUUUUCUACUUUUUCGCAAUUCUCUUCAAUUUUUAUUGGCUCACUCUCUUUCAACGCUUUUAAAUUGACUUUGGCACAGCAUUCGCACACACCCAGAGCAUACGUUCACGGAAUCUCCUAUACAUCCCCAUCAGUCAACCUCCUCCAGCCGUUGUCUGCUUUAAUUGAGUUGACUACUCGUACGAAGCGCAAAGCACAGCAGCACCCUCCUACGCCAACAAUCAGCAGCCAGUCGGAGUAUCAUAGAGAUGGCGUCAAAGUUUUGGUUGAAUGUUUGGUGCGCGCUGGUCGGCUGGUUUCCGCUGCUUGCGAACGGUUACCUGAAUGUCUUCAUUAGCCAUCGCGAAGUCAUCAAAUUGAUGGGCUUGGAAGCGGACUUAUUCUAUGUGCCAUCAACACAUAUGCCAUGCAUUUCACAGUGCCGGUGCCAGCAGAUGUGCAUGAUUUAGAGUUUUCAUGGCAGAGUUUGACCACGUAUCCUCUGCCCUACACCAUCACCAUCGACUAUGAGCACGAGCAGAGCGCUUUGGCCGCGCCCACCCUCAGCAUACCUGACAAAGGCUAUGUGCAUCAGCAGAUUGAGACAUUUCUGGUGCAUCUGCCGUGCACGGGGAACGGUAAUAAGGAGGUGCCGCUUGUCGUCAAUAUGCUUGUGAGCGGCCCGCCACGCACUAAUGACACCUAAUUGCAUUUUAAACGGAAUAAAAUCUGCCUCAAAGGUUUAUUUCCCGUUCCGAAUGAAUCAGCGGCACCCGCACAGGCGCCGUCACCGGGUCACGCGUUGCUGGGUGCCGCUGCUUGUGCGCUCGGUUUGGUGCUGGUCGUCGGCUUGAUUGCGUCAGCAAUGUAUGUGCGCGCACGCAAGCAAAUACGCCAGGACUCGUUGCAUACCAGCUUUACUACUGCCGCUUAUGGCAGCCAUCAAAACGUUUUCAUACGCCUAGAUCCGUUGGGGCGUCCGCCCAGCGCGAACAGUGGUUCCUAUGCGAUUAUCGCUAGCCUGAAUAAGUACCCAUCGGAGUCGAAGAAGUCUUGCAACAUUUUUGACAGAUUUCGCAGCUCCACGCCGACACCCUCACCCUACGCGACCGCGCUACUACCCGUAGGCGGCGAUCAGAUCGGCGAUACAAUUUACUCCAAACCAGAGUCGAUCUGUCCCUCGAGAAUAUCCUAUUACGCGUCGUCGCAGCUAACACAGGCCUACAACAUGUCCACACCGAAGCGCAGUCGAGGAGGCGGCAAUGGCAGCGUUUUCGGUGGCGCUAACUCCUCCGCCGGCAGUGGUAGUGAUCCCAAAGAGAUUAUUUCCAGGCAAAUCCACUCUGAGCACGGAUCUAGGUAUGGAACUCAGUCACACCGCCACUUUGCUUAGACAGCUGGACACGAAUGAAUUCGAAUUGGCCACAAAACAUUGCCGCGACGUUCCAUGCAUCCCCAAGAGCGUAGGCAUCUUUUCUCGAGACAAUGGCAAUAAAACUGUGAUGCCGCUGCACCAUUCGUCACGCCAAAUAACAUAGCCCACACGAGGUGCUUCUGGACGCACAAAAAAGUUAGCAACACUGGCGCACGUAUGGUUAGUGUCGAUUGCUCAAAUGAGUCCAACGAGUAGACUGCUACGUAGCUAAUAUGCAAUGGCGAUGGUAAUGGCGGUUCCUCGUCUUGCGAAAGCCCAGCUACGUAACGACGAAUACAUUAUAUAAAUUUCCGAGAGCACGAACGCGAAAGCGCUUAUAAUACCGAUGAAUGGUCCACUGCGCUUAUGCUUAAGAACUCCUUCGCUAUGGCCAUACAAGACAAGAACAAGAACAAGAACACCGUCCAUGAAGUGCGGUCUCAAGUCUCUCUCGGAUCUGGUUAAAAUUUCAGUCACAAAUUUCACUAUACAAACCCAUCGAUUAUCCGAAAUGGUGCACGAAGACAUAGAUUUGGGUGUGUUGUUACACUUCGUUAAUUUGGCCUACACUACUUUACGGAUGUUUGUUUUUUAACGAGGUACGCUGCCGGUGGAGAUUGACCACGAUCCUCACUACUAUAAGAAGACAACAAAAUUCAUGCCAUCAGAGUCGGCAAGCGCCACCGUAUUUGAGAUUGUAUUUAUUAUAAGGUUCUUCGUAGAAUGCAAAUA